GCACCGAUUUAUGGCUGUUCAUGGCAUCCACCGACGUGAGUCUCGAGCCACGUGGCUUUCCUUUCUCGGAACACAGAAGUGGUCGGUGAAUUGCGCCUUUGCUGGCCUGCAUCCUGCCACCGGGUCCCGGGGCCAUCGAGCAGGCGAAUACCAGGCAUUUCGGUUCCGUGAGCUCGCAGAGUGUGUCCGGUAGAUUGGCCGAGCGACGUUCCCGCCGCAGGCCGACAAGCACGAAGAACGAAUGAAUUCGGCAGACAAGCGUCAUGCGGGGAGCCGACAUGGGUCACGUGGGCCGUACUUACACGUUAGCGCAUCACUCGCGCGACUCCUCCAGAACGACCUUCAUUCCGCUUCACUCCUUCUCCUUCACGACUCUCAGACCGCUCUGCUAUGUCCGCCCAGGACGCGACAGUAGACAUCCGCAUUGAACUUCCUACGUAUUCCCGCUCUUUCACCGUACAAGCCGGACCGUCGUCGUCGAUCCGCGACGUCAAGCACGAGAUAACCAGAGUCUGCCCAGGCAGCCCGACCGCGCAAGGCCAGCGGCUCAUCCACAAGGGGCGCUUUCUCAAUGACGAGGAGCUAGUGGGGGAGAUAUGGAAGAAGCCAGACGAGGUGCACGUUCUUCACCUCUCUGUGCACCCCUCGGCGUGGACGCACGGAACACCCACCGUAGCGUCUUCCUCGUCGCCACCUGCAUCGGUUCCUACUGCGGUACCCUUGUCAGUGCCCAACGUAACGCCGGUCUCAGUGCCAUUCUCAUACCCGGUAUCGGCACCGGUGGCGACUCCGACUAUGACCGAUCCGUCUAUGAUGGCAGGUUCGACACUGGGUUACGUCUACUACAAGCACGCAUGCGCGCUGUACGUGCUUGUGCAUGGGACGGACCGUAUCGAGGGUGCGAACACGGGCGAUGCUGAGCGAUGGCGCGCCAUAGCCAUCGAGAUGUUGGGUCAUCAUGGAUGGGCGUGGCCGGCACUACUUGACGAACAGUAUCCCCCGACGAGCCCGGGAGGUUUGAAGUAUGAGCGGACCCUUGUCGAUGGCCUGCCAUACCUUUCACUCACAAAUCCCAGGGCGGAGCCAACGCCUAUUCAACUACACGCUCUCAAAGUCCUUUCCCUCACGUUCACAAUACUGUCUACUUUGGGCCCACAUGCGGUUCCUUACUUCCCGACUGCUUCGACGAAUGUCGCCCAGACGAUUGCCACCACCAACCUCAAUGAACACCUUCAGCGUCUUGGUCUGCCUGCUCUGCGUCUUGUGCCAGGCCAGAUCCCUAAUCAGAAUCUCAACCCGAAUGACCCGAACAAUCUCGCGGCACCUGCGCCAGCGGUGGAAAUCCGUGCGAUCCCCAUGCGCGCCGUCCUGAUACCCUUCCUUAUGGUCGCUUUCCGUACCAUCCUACUCUUCUACUUCUUCGGACCGACGAAACGGCCCUUCUUUGCUCUGGUGGUCGUCAUCUGGAUUCUCUACGAAGCCUGGGGUGCCAUCCGUCUUGUGCUCGGACAUGACAGGCCUCGGGACCGACCGCAGGCGGGUGCUGCGGACGGGCCUGGAGCCAAUCAGGCUCGCCAACCAGGGCAACAAGGUCAGGCUCAGCAGCCCAAUCGACCUGUGCGCCGUCAGCGCGGUGGUACACCCAACGCCAACCGUAGCGCGAUGCAGUCCUUCCUCACCGGUCUGUCGAACAUGAACCUGCGAAGGGAAGACUCCAUCAUCGACACCGGUGCGAAUGUCCCUCCGCCCAGUCUCAGCCACAAGAUCAGGACCUUCGUCACCCUCAUGCUGCUGACUGUGUAUCCUGCGGUUUGGGAUCAUCGUCGGGCAGCGCUGAGGCGGCGGGAGGGGAGGCUGCGGACGGAGGCUCAUGCACGGGAAGCAGCACGGAACGCAGAAGGCGAACCUGGGCGCGAAGCUGAGAUUGAGAGGUCACGAGCUCUCGAGAGGUUGCAGGAGAGGCGGCCUGCGUGGGUGAGGGAAUAUGUCGAGAGGGUGCAGACGACAGACUGGGCCGACGAAUUGUAGGGCCGCUGUGGUUAUUGUUAGGCGGUGGUGUACAGUACUGAUACUGGACGGGAUUGUUGUACGUAUAGGCUUCGUUUAGCUAUAUUGUUAUGGACGUUUGGAUUCGAUAUAGUACUUCUCUCCUUUGUGAUGAUUGCCCC